CUUAGCAUACAGUUCUAGAUAACGGACUAAAGGGAGAUACGAUAACCGAUUUGGCACCAAACAGGAAUUACGGUAAAAUAGCCUAUAUCAUUUUACUAUUGUGAAGUUAGCCAACAUUUGUAUUUGUUCAUAUAAAUAUUUUCAGUACUUCCCAGGCUCUUUAUUUAGAAUGAGAAGAGACGUAUUUAUAGAUUUAUAGACUUCUAGAUUUAUUUAUAGACUUUAGUCAAUAGUGGUCAACAGGAGGAUGCUCUUUCAGAAUUAGUGGGGUAUAGAAUAGAAUGAAAUGUGAUGUAUGCAUGAAAAUGAAAUUUUUAUCAUCACCACUGUCGUAGAAUCUAUCAUAGAUGUCAAUAUCAAUCUAGGGAAACGUUGAUUUCGUUCACAUUUGAAUAUCAGAGUUGAAACUCUGAUAGUGAGAUGAGGGAGGAAGGAAGAAGAGGGAGGGUUUUAUCAUCAUGUCUUUUGCUGCUCAAGCCAGAUAGUCUACUGUACAGUAGAGGUUGAAUUUAUGCAUACACAGGUAAAAUAUACUCUGCUGACUAUUCAGCUGCUAGGCUUGAUGUGUUACAUGUGUUUUAGUUAAUCACUUCUUCUAAUGUAUUAAAAUGCUUCUGUUUAAAUUUGUCUCUGCAGGUUGUUCCUCUGCAAACCACUGUUUGGACAGCCUACAUUGUUUACCUUGCAAAUGAGAGCCUAGUUUUGGAAGGAGAAACUCAAACAAACUAUUUUACUUGGAGUUAUUUGAUCUUUCCUGAGGAAGUCAGUCAGUGAAACAGAAUUCAAGAUGGAGAAUAUGGAAGAUGGGAAGGUAAGCAACACAUUAGGUCUGUCAUCUUCUCACAUCUAGUAUUCUCCAGUGCUUGACUUGGACUGAAAUAGGUGCCGGUACUCAUUUUGGGUGCUGGUACUAUUUAUAUUUAGGUGCAGGAACUCAACAAUAUUUUUGAGCUAAUAUUCUAUAAAAGGUGCAGGAACUCAAGCAGUAGUCAUUUUGAGGUGCUGGUACUCAGCUCUGGUGAGCUCCUGCCCAAGUCAUGGACUGGUCUUUUCAUAUAGUUACUGAUUACAUCAUCUUACUUUAUUCAUUUAUUUCAUGUUCUUUCUUUUUAUUGUUGUUACAAUUAUAGUUGUUAUUGUUUCCUUUCACAACUUAACAAUGCAAUUGAAUUACAUCACCAUUUUAACCACAUAAGUUACUCUACCAUUACACCAGUUGUGCAACUGUAUGUUUACUACGACUCUUCUCCUCCACCUCAUUGUACAUUAUACAUUCAUUUAUCUCUGGUGACUGUUUUAUAAACAAUCCUCAUCCAGCAGCUGUGUUUCCUGAGGAAGAGUAGAGCAGUGUGUUUUUCCCUCCCUGUCUUUGUCUCCCUACCUUUAAUGAGUCAGUCAGAGAAUGGUAUUUACGAGAAGGAGACGGGUAAACACUACCUUUCCUCUCUGGCAUGUAGAAGAACAGGGGAUGGGGUAGAAGGGGAGUGGGAGAGGAGAGAGGAAAGCGAGCGAGGGAGGGGGGAGAGAGAAGGAGAAAGGGGAUUGGUGGAUGCUACAGCUACAGGUGACAUGUCUGAACUUGAGCAUGUCUGUUUAUUCUCUGGCCUGUACCUGCAUGUAGGACUAGGAGAGACACAGACAGAAUGAGGGAAGAGAGAGUGAUAUGUGGUAAGAAAAGGGGGUUAUAGGAAAUGAUGUGUGAGGUAAGAGAAAUAAGUAGAAAGAGUCUUAUGAUAGAGGGAGCAAUAGUAAAAGUAAUAGUGUGACAGAGGGAUAGAGUUAUAAGCCCUUGUAAACAGUAGUUAUGUGGAGAUUAUCCAUUAGGCCUAGAUUGGCCAUCAGACCCCCCAUGAUGAACCCUGUGACCACAGAUCUCCAUACAUUGACUUAGCAACACAAGGCUUUCCUUAUUCUCUAUCACUUACAUAAAGUACCCCUAACAACACUGUUAACCUAGUCAUGAUUACACUCUUAAGCCACUCUAAAAUGCAGAUGGAUCGGAUGCUUAUUGUUACCAGAUGCUUCUUCAUAUGGUUGCUUAGCUACAACACGGCUUGUCUUUUGAAACAGGUUGCACACUGUUGGUUGCCUUUCUCUUCUUUGUGGCUGUUAGGCAAUGAGACUUUCCCACUAACCGUUGAUGUGAAAUUGAGCUCCUUGCCAAUAGCAUGUCACUCACUGGCCAUGUUGUUACACUACAUGACCAAGAGUAUGUGUACACCUGCUCAUUGAACAUCUCAUUCCAAAAUCAUGGGCAUUAAUAUGGAGUUGGUCCCCCCUUUGAUGCAAUAACAGCCUCCACUCUUCUGGGAAGGCUUUCCACUAGAUGUUGGAACGUUGCUGUGGGGACUUGUUUCCAUUCAGCCACAAGAGCAUUAGUGAGGUCUGGCACUGAUGUUGGGCUAUUAGGCCUGGUUUGCAGUUGACAUUCCAAUUCAUCCCAAAGGUGUUCAAAGGGGUUGAGGUCAGAGCUCUGUGCAGGCCAGUCAAGUUCUUCCACACCGAUCUCGACAAAUCAUUUCUGUUUGGACCUCGCUUUGUGUACGUGGGCAUUGUCAUGCUGAAACAGGAAAGGGCCUUCCCCAAACUGUUGCCACAAAGUUGGAAGCACAGAAUCGUCUAGAAUGUCUUUGUAUGCUGUAACAUUAAGAUUUCCCUUCACUGGAACUAAGUGGCCUAGCCCGAAUGAUGAAAAACAGCCCCAGACCAUUAUUCUUCCUCCACCAAACUUUACAGUUGGCUCUAUGCAUUCGGGCAGGUAGCGUUCUCCUGGCAUCCGCCAAACCCCGAUUCGUCCGUCGGACUGCCAGUUGGUGAAGCGUGAUUCAUCACUCCAGAGAAGGCAUUUCCACUGCUCCAGAGUCCAAUGGCUGCAAGCUUUACACCACUCCAGCUGACGCUUGGCAUUGCGCAUGUUGAUCUUAGGCUUGUGUGUGACUGCUCGGCCAUGGAAACCCAUUUCAUGAAGCUCCAGACGAUCAGUUAUUGUGCUGAUGUUGCUUCCAGAGGCAGUUUGGAACUCAGUAGUAAGUGUUGCAACCGAGGACAGAUUAUUUUUAUGCGCUAAGAGCUUCAGCACUCAGCGGUCCCGUUCUGUGAGCUUGUGUGGCCUACUACUUCGCGACUGAGCUGUUGUUGCUCCUAGACAUUUCCAUUUCACAAUAACAGCACUUACAGUUGACCGGGGCAGCUCUAGCAGGGCAGAAAUUUGACAAACUGACUUGUUGGAAAGGUGGCAUCCUAUGACGGUGCCACGUUGAAUGUCACUGAGGUCUUCAUUAAGGCCAUUCUACUGCCAAUGGUUGUCUAUGGAGAUUGCAUGGCUGUGUGCUCGAUUUUAUACACCUGUCAGCAACGAGUGUGGCUUAAAUAGCCGAAUAUACUAAUUUGUCCACAUACUUUUGUGUAUAUAUAGUGUAUAUUGACUAACAGCAUUGAUGGGAAAUGAGAAAUGUUACAAAUAGGGAGGUUCAAGACCCUCGUAUGACAUCACAGUCAAAUGGGGGGAUGGAUUGCAAAAGGAAAUAGCAAAAUGGCAUUAUACUGGGAAAGAUGGGUUAGUCUGUGGACAUCGGAGGGUUGGAGUUAAAGAUCAGAAUGAAUGGUGGAUUGGCCACUGUGGGUGAAAAUCCAGCACUUGCAGAAAGAUGAAAUUAGGAAUAGAGAGACAGAGAUAGAGAAUCAGAUGGACAGAUAAUAGGAUGAGAAACAGAAGGGCUUCAUUAUACAUCAGAAAUCACUUUUCCGGUCAUGUGACACACACACACACACACACACACACACACACACACACACACACAGCAGGUAGGCACACUUUGACAAAUGCGCAUACGUCUUCAUAGGUUUGUGUAAGACAGAUGUUGUGCAAGUCAACAAGCUUUACAGGCUUUUUAGUACAGUCCAGUAUGUAUGGUAUAUACACAUGCACACUCAACCAUGCUACUCGUUGUUUAUUAUCUAUGCAUAGUCACUUUACCCCUACCUACAUGUACAUAUUAGCUCAAUUACCUCGACUAACCUGUACCCCUGCACAUUGAUUCGGUACUGGUACCCCCUGUAUAUAGCCUCGUCCUUACUCACUCAGCCACUCCCUUAUUUAGUCAUAUUAUGAACUGUGACGGUAUUCAGUACAGUAAAUGACACACUCACACACUCUUUCCUGGUAUCUUACUCAACAUUAAAGCUGGAAUCCUUAAUGGUCAAACUGCCACAUCCGUUUGGGCUAUUACAACAACAAAGAAGUUACUGUAAACAACGAACACUGUAUUUUUUUCCUCUGACAUCGUUGCACGCACGAUAGAACAACAGAUUAGGUACAGCGAUUUUUGUUUUACCACAUUGGGCUGCACCCCUUUUUUAUGUUUUUUAUUUUUUUUAUUUAACCUUUAUUUAACUAGGCAAGUCAGUUAAGAACAAAUUCUUAUUUACAAUGAUGGCCUACCAAAAGGCAAAAGGCCGUUGGGUGGACAGUGGCACUGAUUCCUUUACUGCAGAUUCCAUCUUUAACAUGUCUGUGCAGAUGAAAUAUGAAGGCCCACUUCUAUUAAAGAGACACACACACAAACACACUCACCAGCCUGUCCUUCCAGCCCAUACCUCUGACGACAGUCAAAACUUGUUGACUUGCCCAACAUUUGUUUUACACAAACCUAUAAAGAUUUACAUCAUCUCAUUGGGAUUAUUCUUUUGAAGGGGCCCUGUUUUACCGUCUUUACAUAUCUUACUUAACUGAAUGAAUAGGCCUACUACAAGUUUUCUGUUUGUUUUAGAUGACUGGGUAUUGUAAUGCCAGAAGGCCAGAGUGUCCUUCCUAGGGAAAUACAAUAUGCCUGAUUAGUACUAUCACAGAACAUAACACUUUUAUCAGUGUAACUUGGGUAAUGAAACCCUUUCAGCAUUUUAUUCUUAUGGCACUGACGUCUGUGUUUUUAGCGUUAGCCCGGGUUACCUCCGUACAUAGUCAUUCUGUGUCAGUUGGUCUUUGAUUUGAAUUAUGUUCCAGAACUAAGCCUCUUAGUUAGGCCUCCUAGACAUAUACUAGGACCGUUAUGACAAUGUUACGAUCAUCAGUUUUCCUCUACAUUCCUGUACACACGUAGCCUAUGUUUCAUAACAUUACAAGACUGUUUUCCAUCUUCAAAACAAAUCGUUUUAUUUGUACCCAUUGUGUUAAACUGUGACAGUUCUAGUGACUGUUAGAAACAGUGUGGCCAAUCACAGAACCAGCGAGUUACAUCUAUCAUUACAAGAACAGACUGUUCAGUCCAGGACAAUACAACACAAAGCAGUCUGUCUUGGGUGACACUGCUUUCACACUGUGAUAUAAAGGGAACUGCCAAAAUAAAGGAAACACCAACAUAAAGUGUCUUAAUAGGGCGUUGGGCCACCACAAGCCAGAACAGCUUCAAUGAGCCUUGGCAUAGAUUCUACAAGUGUCUGGAUGUGACACCAUUCUUCCAUGAGAAAUUCUAUAGUUUGAGGUUUUGUUGAUGGUGGUGAAAAACGCUGUCUCAGGUGCCUCUCCAGAAUCUCCCAUAAGUGUUCAAUUGGAUGGGGGCAUUGUCAUCCUGGAAGAGACCACUUCCAUCAGGAUAGAAAUGAUUCACCAUAGGUUGAAGGUGAUCACUCACUUACCACUAUGCCCACUGUUCCCUCAUAUCAAUCUAUCAAUGUCGUGUGCAGGUUGACUGAGCCUGUGUGUGAUAAUGUUAUUGAUACUGCCAUGCUGUGUUAUUGUGUCAUUUUGGUGAUAUAUGUAGAUAUUAAGUCUGGUGACGUGGUGGACAGAGACCAUAUUACAUUAUACUGCUCUCCUGUAGCAUACAUACAUAAUAAACCUGUGGUUUUCAACUGGUUUUGCCUCGGGACCCAAAUUGAACCAGGCGACCCAAUUUUUGCAUCGUGAAAAAGAAUCGCCAAUAUACAAUCUAUAAAAAAAAAUUAAUGCUACAUUGAUAGUAAAUGUAGCAAUUAUAUGACAAGGGAACAACAUUCCCACCUCAGUGGCUUGAGACCAUAAAAUCAACCAAAAUAGUGCUGCUAAUAUCUCUAUAUUGAAAAUACUGUGAUUGAAGAAAAAAUUGUUCAGAGAUUAAAUUAUUUACAAAUAUAAGUUACUUAUAAUUUCUAGUCUUUCUAUCUGGUUUAAGUUGUUUAAGUUCAAACCUCCCGUGCCCCACAUUUGGGUCAGGACCCACCAGUUGAGAAUUACUGGACUAAACAACAGUCAUUGAUUGGUUAGAAUGAAAGUCUGUUAUGUGGAGCCGCUGGAUAUUUUACAUCACUGCCUUAUGCUGUGUUUAUGUAGGAAAUGUAUAUAUUAGUAUCUAUGAGUAAUAACGUGUGUAAUAAGGAGUAGCCUACCUUUGUUUAAUAAUAACGGAUAUACUGUCAUGUCACGUUUCCUAUAGCCUACAUUCUCUGUAAAAUAGAUGUGGUAUUUGAGAUGAGUAGGUUGUUCCUUUUAAAAGAGACCACAUCAAACAGGGUUUCUCUGGUCUGGCCCAGGGCUUUCCAUAGGAGACUUUCAUUAUAACCAAUCAGCUUGGUGCUGCUAUGUUGGCCAGCUUUAAUUGUCACAACUGACUAUCAUUCACCAAGAAGCCACAGCUAAAAAGAAAAAUCUUCAUGCCAGAUGUAUUCACUUGGUAUUUGUUUAAGUAGUAGUUAGUAUUAAUAUAUUAACGCAUAUUGGACUGGUAUUACAGCCAAACCCAAUACAAUAGGUCUCAACACUAGAAUACAGUAGCAUAAAUCCACAUCAUCCUCAAGACUCCGGGUUGAUCAGGAUUGUGAAACAUGGUUCCAUUUCCACUGUUUUGUAACAGCUAGCCUAGCGUGGCAGCAGUUAGACAGUGACAGCUUGAAAGCACAAGAGAGGGAGGAAAAUCAGAAAGAGAAUGGUUCAUUGUGUGUUUUCUACUGUCACUGGUAACAACAAGAGCUUUGUGGGCCAAGACACUGGCUAUGAUGACAAUGACAGAAUUAUUGUACACUACAUCUCCAUCCAUAUGCAUUAGACCAGUGGAUAUCUAAUUUCCUGUUUUUCUCUCUCUCUCGCUCUCGCUCUCACUCUUUCUCUCUCUCUCUUUCUCUCUCUCUCUCUCUCUCAAUUCAAUUUAAGGGCUUUAUUGGCAUGGGAAACAUAUGUCAACAUUGCCAAAGCAAGUGAAGUAGAUAGUAAACAAAAGUGAAAUAAACAAUACAUUUUAACAGUAAACAUUAUACUCAGAAGUUCCAAAAGAAUAAAGACAUUUCAAAUGUCAUAUUAUGUCUAUAUACAGUGUUAUAAUUAUGUGCAAAUAGUUAAAGUACAAAAAGGAGAAUAAAUCAACAUAAAUAUAGGUUGUAUUUACAAUGGUGUCUGUUCUUCACUGGUUGCCCUUUUCUUGUGGCAACAGGUCACAAAGCUUGCUGCUGUUAUUGCACACUGUGGUAUUUUACCCAAUAGAUAUGUGAGUUUAUCAAAAUUGGAUUUGUUUUAGAAUUCUUUUUGGGUCUGUGUAAUCUGAGGGAAGUAUGUGUCUCUAAUAUGGUCAUACAUUUGGCAGGAGGUUAGGAAGUGCAGCUCAGUUUCCACCUCAUUUUGUGGUCAGUGUGCACAUAACCUGUCUUCUCUUGAGGGCCAGGUCUGGCUACGGCGGCCUUUCUCAAUAGCAAGGCUAUGCUCACUGAGUCUGUACAUAGUCAAAGAUUUCCUUAAUUUUGGGUCAGUCACAGUGGUCAGGUAUUCUGUCACUGUGUACUCUCAGUUUAUGGCCAAAUAGCAUUCUAGUUUGCUCUGUUGUUUUGUAAAUUCUUUCCAAUGUGUCAAGUAAUUAUAUUUUGGUUUUCUCAUGAUUUGGUUGGGUCUAAUUGUGUUGCUGUCCUGGGGCUCUGUGGGAUCUGUUUGUGUUUGUGAACAGAGCCCCAGGACCAGCUUGCUUAGGGGACUCUUCUCCAGGUUUAUCUCUCUGUAGGUGAUGGCUUUGUUAUGGAAGGUUUGGGAAUCGCUUAUUUUUAGCUCUUUUCUGGAUUUUGAUAAUUAGCGGGUAUCUCUCUCUCUCUGUCUCUCUCUGUCUCUCUCUCUGUCUCUCUCUCUGUCUCUCUCUCUCUCUCUCUCUCUCUCUCUCUCUCUCUCUGUCUCUCUGUCUCUCUCUCGCUGUCUCUCUGUCUCUGUCUCUGUCUCUCUCUCUCUCUCUCUCUCUCUCUCUCUCCCUCUCUUGCUCCUUUUCUCUGUCACAUCCCAUCCUGCAUACACUUUCUUGUUCUUAUCUGUUUUUUUCUCUCUCUAUUGUUUUAACACCCCUCUCCCUCCAUCACCCCCUCUCUCUCCCUGCUUUCCCUUUCCCUCUCUCUCUUCCUCCCUAUAUCUCUCCUCCAUCCCCAGAAGAAGAAGGGAGUGACCUGUUACCUCCUCUACUGUGUCACUACAGCCGUCAUCGGCUCCCUGCAGUUCGGAUACAACACUGGAGUCAUCAAUGCCCCUGAGCAGGUGUGUGUGUGCGGUGUGCGUGUGCGUGUGUGUGUGUGUGUGGUGUGCUGUGUGUGUGUGUGUGUGUGUGUGUGUGUGUGUGUGUGUGUGUGUGUGUGUGUGUGUGCGCGGUAUGCAUGCAAUACAGGAGUGGUCACACACGUCUGAGUUGGAGGGAUGUGCUGGUUUUUUUCAACUUUGUCUCCCCCUUGUGGGCAGUCAGUGCCAGUACUCAUGUGUAUUGACUAUAACAGUCAAGGCUGGAACAGGGCUGGACACUCUGUACAUCUCCAGGACUAGGGGUUUAGACCACUUGUCUAAAUCCUCAGUGAUAUUCCCACCCUUUAACCUCUGAAGGUUCUAAGUCUGUCAUCUCCACUCUCAGAAACUGCGACGGUUCUUCCAGAAUGUGUCUAUGGAUCGUUAUGGAGAGCCCUUCUCCCCUGGGACUAACACCAUGGUGUGGAGCUUCGCUGUGGCCAUCUUCAGUGUGGGGGGCAUGGUUGGAUCCUUGUCUGUGGGGGUCAUGGUCGACAGGUUUGGGAGGUGAGUUAAAGACUAAUGAUACAAAGAAAUGCAGAUGUACAGUAAAUGGAAGGGGUUUUGUAUCUGUAAAGACUUUGUAGUGUUUUUUUUACAUUUUUAUUCCCAACAUCACAAUGAGAGGUGUGCGGCAUGUAAAUAUUUGCUCUCAAAGAUGAGCCAAGGGCAAUUUGCCAAUUUGGUGAUGUAAUGUUAAUUGAGGUCUUACCUCCUGACCUGGCCUCAUCUCACCUAAUUUCUCUGUAGUUCAACUCAAUUGCACUCUUUAUUUAGCAGGCCAUUCAUGGUAUCUGGCAGGGCACUGGACUAAAUGGCUUCCCUCCAUCUUUCUAACCAUCACACCUUUUUCCUCCUACUUUCUUUCUUUCCUUUCCCCUUUAUCUAUCCUCCUGUCUCUCUCGCUCUCUCUCUCCCUCUCCCCAGGCGUAAGUCCAUGCUCCUGGCCAACGUGCUAGCCCUUCUGGGUGGAACUCUGAUGGGUCUGUCCAGCCUGUGUAACUCCUUUGAGAUGGUCAUCAUUGGCAGGCUGGUCAUUGGCGUGUUCUGUGGCCUGUGUACAGGACUAACGCCCAUGUACGUGGGAGAGCUGGCCCCCACGCACCUCAGGGGGGCCUUCGGCACCCUCCACCAGCUGGGAGUAGUCAUUGGCAUCCUGGUGGCACAGGUACGACAGAGAGGACCAGGCACUUGUUCACUUUGAUUUAGGUUCUUCUGGUUCAAACUCUACUGAGUUUAUUGUAAUUAAUUGAACUUAAUGUUAUUGACCGAUCUACUUUUUCUGUACAAUCAAGUCAGUUAAAUCUAUUUUAGUUUGAGCAUUACCUUUCUACUACCCUAAGGUUUAACCCUGCCCAUCCUGCUGUCACUCUCUCUGCUCCGUAGGUCUUUGGUCUGGAGUUUCUGCUGGGGUCAGACUCCCUGUGGCCCCUCCUGCUGUCCCUGACGGCCAUCCCUGCUGUGGUGCAGAGCAUCAUGCUGCCCUUCUGCCCAGAGAGCCCCCGCUACCUCCUCAUCAGCCUCAACCAGGAGGAGGAGGCUCGCAAAGGUCAGAGAGAGGAGACAUGUUACUGAUCGUAUUACAGAAAGGAGAUAUUACUGAUCAUAUUAAAUAAAGGAGAUAUUACUGAUCAUAUUAAAUAAAGGAGAUAUUACUCAUCAUAUUAAAUAAAGGAGAUAUUACUGAUCAUAUUAAAUAAAGGAGAUAUUACUGAUCAUAUUAAAUAAAGGAGAUAUUACUGAUCAUAUUAAAUAAAGGAGAUAUUACUGAUCAUAUUAAAUAAAGGAGAUAUUACUCAUCAUAUUAAAUAAAGGAGAUAUUACUCAUCAUAUUAAAUAAAGGAGAUAUUACUGAUCAUAUUAAAUAAAGGAGAUAUUACUGCUCAUAUUAAAUAAAGGAGAUAUUACUGAUCAUAUUAAAUAAAGGAGAUAUUACUGAUCAUAUUAAAUAAAGGAGAUAUUACUGAUCAUAUUAAAUGAAGGAGAUAUUACUCAUCAUAUUAAAUAAAGGAGAUAUUACUGAUCAUAUUAAAUAAAGGAGAUAUUACUGAUCAUAUUAAAUAAAGGAGAUAUUACUGAUCAUAUUAAAUGAAGGAGAUAUUACUCAUCAUAUUAAAUAAAGGAGAUAUUACUGAUCAUAUUAAAUAAAGGAGAUAUUACUGAUCAUAUUGCACAGCACUCAUUUAGGGGACUUUAUUAUUUGACUGUUUACUUAGAAAUUAUGUGGUAUAAAAGUCAUUACAUGACAGUUACUCUGUUGUUUAUUUGGGAUUCACAUUAGUACCAGAAAGUACCUACUAUUUAACAAAUGUCUCUCUCUCCCUCCCUUCAGCCCUGGUGCGUCUGCGUGGCUGUGAGGAUGUAAGUGAUGACAUCCAGGAGAUGAAGGAGGAAGGGAUGAAGAUGGCCAUGGAGAAGAAGGUCACUAUUCCAGAACUCUUUCGCUCGCCGGCCUACCGUCAGCCAAUCAUCAUCGCCAUCAUCCUGCAGCUCUCCCAGCAGCUCUCUGGCAUCAAUGCAGUGAGUAGACUACAACUCCCACAAUGCAACAUAAUUCGGGCCAGGAGUUCUUUCAUACUACAUAGUCGAACUAUGAAAAACAUCAGGGAAAAAUACUUUAAGUAGGACAGACAGUUUUUCCUUCUCUUAAUCCAUGACCACUGAUCUAACAAUACAUUACAUGAAAACAAGAUGGUGGAAACCUAUCCAGACCUUUUAUAAAUUACUAACCAAUGGAAAGGAGAUGAGGAAAGAGAGAUGCAUAGCCACAUAUUUCAAAAGAGGAAGAUCGAAAUGAGCCUGUCCAGAUAAAGUUAUUGCCUUCAACGCAAUGACCUUUAGACUGGGGCUAAUUCAGAGGGCCUUUUUACUGAAGAAUGUGUUUGUUUCAUAUGUUUGUGUUUUGCUUUUCGUGUUUUGUGUUUGCUUUUCAUGUAUUGAUGUGUAUAUAGAUACGUAUAGUGCAAUUGUUGUUUAUUGAUGUGUUCAUGCAGGGCUCAUCUGCGAAAGAGACAGUGGUCUCAGCAUGACUCCCUGCUUAAAUAAAGGUUACAUAGAAAAAAUAAUCAAAAUACAGCAUCAAUCAAACCCAGAUGGCCGCAGAACACACUCAAACAACAGCCCUCUCUGUCUAUAGGAGUAAACAUGGGCCAACAUCAACAACAACAACUAGAUUUAACCAGAUACAUAUCCUCAUAUUGGUUAUGAAUGUAAUCAACAACCUCUCUCCUACUUCCUCCUCAGGUGUUCUACUAUUCGACAGGUAUAUUUGAUACUGCCGGUGUGACCCAGCCCAUCUACGCCACUAUUGGAGCUGGGGUGGUCAACACUCUAUUCACAGUGGUGUCUGUAAGUAUUUUAACACAUAUCUGGUCAAAUAAAAUAAUACAGAAAUAGUACAGUUUGAUAGUGCACUACUUUUGACCAGACUCCUAUAUGAAAUGUGAUACCCUUGGACACAUUCUAAGCACUUCCUUGUUUGAUUCACAGCUCUUCCUGGUGGAGAGGGCGGGACGAAGGACCCUGCACCUCAUCGGAUUGGCUGGAAUGGCUGUCUGUGCUCUGCUCAUGACCAUCUCCCUCUCAUUGGUGGUGAGUUUCAAUCUUGACUGUCCAUCAUUUCAAAUGUCAAGAACCCGACAAUAACUAUUCUUGUCACAUCAUUAAAAUCCUUGACAGGAUUUUAUUCCACUGCUUAAUAUAUUUGAUCCCUUCCAUUCCUUCCCUCCUCUCUAAGUAGAAGACCAACCCGUCUCUGAGCUACAUGGCCAUCGUGGCGGUGUUUGGUUUCGUGGCCAGUUUUGAGAUGGGUCCAGGUCCUAUCCCAUGGUUCAUAGUUGCUGAGCUGUUCUCCCAGGGGCCUCGGCCUGCAGCUAUGGCCGUCGCCGGCUGCUCCAACUGGACCGCCAACUUUCUGGUCGGACUGGGCUUCCCCAAACUGGAGGUUGGGUCUUCUUCCUCGCCCUGCCCCUCUCACUACAGACACCUAUGUAUAUGUAUCAGGAUAAAUCUGCAGGCCUCAAAGCUGAAUGAAUGGGAUUGGCACCAUUAUAAGACCAAUACAUCUGACAAACUUUACAGCUUAGCUUGUGUACCUCUCUAACCUCCUCUCUCUCUCGCUCUCCUCUACAGGAGCUGUGUGGUCCUUACGUCUUCAUCAUCUUCAUGAUCUUCCUCAUAUUCUUCUUCGUCUUCACCUACUUCAAAGUCCCGGAGACCAAGGGGCGGACCUUUGACGACAUUGCCAAAGGAUUCACCGGCACUGCAGGAGACUCCGCCCACUCUCCUCCCCCAGAGGGUGUGGUCACCCUGCCCGUUUCCCCGACGACGGAGAAGGUUCCAAUGGUUGCGUUUCCGACGGAAGAGAAGGAAAAGAAGUGAUCGUCAGCGAAUCUGUAGAUAGUGGAAGCGUUAGAGAACAGGGUUACAGGGUUAGAGACAAGCCCCUUGUGCAUAGAUACUGUAAUGUAGGGAGUAUAAAUUCAAAACAAAACUUUAUUGUCCAUUUUAGGUUGAAUUGGACAUUUAAGGUGCAGGACUAGAGAUAUGCACUGUUAUGGGGAGGAGCUUCCAUAUGAAAUAGCAGCUUAGUGUCGGGGUGUGGAUAGUGGGGAUGAUAAUGUAGCCAUCCUGUAAAUACUUUAACAGAAAUCAUGAGAGUGUGUGUCAAAGAGGAUUUAUGUUUACUGUGUGUCAGUGUGUGCCAGUGUGUGUGUGUGUGCCUUCAGUCAUUUUCUUUUUAACUGCAUAAAGUAUUAAUUACUGUAAGUUAUUAAUGAUCUUUUAUAAUUAGCUUUUACCAAUGGCAAAAUAUUUUAUGACAUUUAUUUUUAGCUGACUUAACUCAUAGACGCCAAUCAUUAAUUAAUCAAUGACCAUUUUUACUACUGCACUUUUAAAUGAUUGACAUUCCAAGUCAAAACCUUUAUAGUAUUAACAUUUAAGAGGGUAAACAUUCCAACAAAUAUGUUCAGUAUUAAACUUCUCAUAUUGUCCUGCACUUGGGUUAAAAGGGGAAUAGGAUUUGGGUUGAUGUGUACUGAGAUCAGUGGGUUUGGGAGGACAGUGGUUUAACCUAAAAAGUUGUUUAUCUGAAAUCCUCUCUGCCUGGUGUAUCAUAACCUAGCCUAUCUGUCUCUCUGCCUGGUGUAUCCUAACCUAGCCUCUAUGUCUCUCUGCCUGGUGUAUCCUAACCUAGCCUCUAUGUCUCUAUGCCUGGUUUAUCCUAACCUAGCCUCUAUGUCUCUAUGCCUGGUGUAUCAUAACCUAGCCUCUAUGUCUCUAUGCCUGGUGUAUCAUAACCUAGCCUCUAUGUCUCCCUGCCUGGUGUAUCAUAACCUAGCCUCUAUGUCUCUCUGCCUGGUGUAUCAUAACCUAGCCUCUAUGUCUCUCUGCCUGGUGUAUCAUAACCUAGCCUCUAUGUCUCUCUGCCUGAUGUAUCAUAACCUAGCCUAUCUGUCUCUCUGCCUGGUGUAUCAUAACCUAGCCUCUAUGUCUCUCUGCCUGGUGUAUCAUAACCUAGCCUCUAUGUCUCUCUGCCUGGUGUAUCAUAACCUAGCCUCUAUGUCUCUCUGCCUGGUGUAUCAUAACCUAGCCUCUAUGUCUCUCUGCCUGGUGUAUCAUAACCUAGCCUCUAUGUCUCUCUGCCUGGUGUAUCAUAACCUAGCCUCUAUGUAUCUCUGCCUGGUGUAUCAUAACCUAGCCUCUAUGUCUCUCUGCCUGAUGUAUCAUAACCUAGCCUCUAUGUCUCUCUGCCUGGUGUAUCAUAACCUAGCCUCUAUGUCUCUCUGCCUGGUGUAUCAUAACCUAGCCUAUCUGUCUCUCUGCCUGGUGUAUCAUAACCUAGCCUCUAUGUCUCUCUGCCUGGUGUAUCAUAACCUAGCCUAUCUGUCGCUCUGCCUGGAAUAUCAUAACCUAGCGCAUCUGUCUCUGGAGCCUGACCUUGAACUGUCACAGAGACUCAACACCACAGACGUGUCUCUCCCUUAACACUGAGUCAGCUAGAACACUGCCCCACCCAUGGCUCACCCAUAUCUGUGGCUUCUGUCUGCCUCAUCAGACUACAUACAGUAUAGGCUUCCAAUGCCUGGCUGGCCUGUCAUAGCUAUGCUAAUGAGGAGUUCAGUAGUAAAAUCUCUUUAAAAUCUCCAAAUAGUACAUCAAAACAUAGAUUCUGGGUUCGGGCCAGUAUGAUUGUAGAAUUCUUUGACAGUAUGAUCACAGUCUCAAUGGGAACUUUGAAGAAUCUCAGGUGUACUGCAAAUCAUGUAUCAGAUAGGGGUAGAGGAGAUAUAUGGAGCAAAGCCAUUCAACCACUAUGGAACAAUGACAUUCAACCACUAUUAGUACUUGGAAAGUCUACAUUAACAUCAGUAUGAUGUAUAGUGGCUACACAGUUUUUGGAGUGAGAUCUCACAAUCUACUAAAGACAACGAAGUGUAAGACGAGCUGUGAUUGCUUUGUGUGUAAAGAAUUCUAUAUAUUCUAUAUAUCAUAGAAUUAAGCCCUACCAAAUAGAAUUUAUCAUAGACUAGAUCUAACCUUUAUAUUUUUAAUCAGACAGUUUCUUAGAGUGAAUUUCUAGUCAUUUUAAGAACCUACCAAGUUUGAAAUAUAUGAUCACAGUAGAUGAUAUAUGAUUUGUUAGGAACAUCCUGAAAAUAGUUGUUCCAACAAGGUGUCUACCGUUAAAUGAGAGUAUAUACCAACACUAAAGUAAUAGUAUUUAUUGUGACAACAACAUGCUAAAAGUGUCUAAAAAUCAUAAAACUUCAGUGGUGUAAUACUGUAUUGUGAUUGUGGAGUCUUGUGUAGGUUUUGACCAGGUUAGUUGUUGUUAUACAUGGUUGUAAGCUAGCGUACAUUCCAUAUUGGUGGCAAAUAUCUUCUCUGUGUCUCGUACAGUAUCUACUAAUACAUUUUUUCCAUCCCUUCCUAGUUGCAUUAUUACUUGUGAUGUUGUUAGUCAUGAUAACUGAACACUUUUCUACCUUUUGGACUAAAACAACAUUUGACCUAUCAUCACUUUGGCAAUCUGGCUUUUCUUAGAUGGUUGUGAAUGUGGUGUGUACAUAUAUACAGUAUGUUAAUAUGUGUCUGUUACAAAAUACAUUCCUGUUAUGAUAGCUUUUCUCAUAGCUUUUAUAACUAAUUUCAUAAUGUUUCUGGCACUGCUGCUUGCACUCUGCGCAAACUACCGAAUGUUGCUAUGGUGAUGAACUGUACCAUUCUCUGCCAUACAUAUUGUACUAACAUGAUGUUAAUGUGUAUAUUAUGAAUGCAAUGGUUCAAUGGGCAUUCUUGUGUAUUAAUUUAUUUUCUUAGAAUGUAAAUGUGCGACUGGACAUUUUUAUUUUAAAAAUACCUUUAUUGGCCCAAUAAUUACAUCAUUAAAAGCACAACAUUUAUUUCAUUUUAAACAACCUAGAAAGUUAAAAACAAGCCCCCCUCGUCCACUGUACAGAAACUGUAACUGAAACCCCACACCCCUACAAAAUCCCCCAGUGCGACUGUAUGAGAGAGAGAGAGAGGAAACUAAACAGAUAUAGAUGAAUGAGUCAAUGAGGACUGUAUAAAUGAGUGUUUUUUUCCUUUUCUAUUAUGUUGUAAUAAAGAGUUACUCAAGCUCUGAGCAACAAAUACAAUAAAAACGGUUUUUAUUUUGAAUGGAAUCUGUGACUUUUGUGGCAUUGAAAAAUCUGAAGGAUCUGAUAUUUUCCCAGGUUUUUUUUCGAGAACUUUUUGUGCUCUAUCUUUGUAAUGUUCAUCACAAAACAACAACAUUUGGCUUUGCUGUGUCUCCUCAAAGACAUAAAUGCACUUUCCUUGUGUCUGUGUGUAUAUAUCAACCUCACUGUAAUGUAUUCUAUGUGUUUUUAUUCUGUGUUCUAUGUAACGCUAUAUCUUGGUAACAAAUGCUGCUUGGUGGAAACUACAUUUACCACGAUACAACACAAAACCUCCCCUGCCUUGUAGAACACACUGAACACUGUAACAACGAAAUGACGUUUGACCUGGAAAUAAAGCCACUAGUGACCAUACCAA